GGAAGUAGGUACGUGGCUGCUUCAGCUCAGCUGACAUACGGUAUGAUGGCGACAGAGGUUCAGAGCGGCGACCUCAACAGCACAAAUUCAAGCCGGCUCGAAGUUUCUAUCGACGGAUUGACUUUGAGUCCUGAUUCCGAGGGCGAACAGGAGCAGGCCGAGACCUCGGCGGCUCAGUCGGAGGAACUCAUCUCCCUGAACCCGAGUGUCGAUGGGGAGGAGGGCGAACAUGCCAGCAGCGGGACGAUCGAGAUAAAAUGGGGCUUUCCUUUAGUAGAGCUCUACGGACUGGCGCUCAGAUUCUUUAAAGAGAAAGAUGGGAAAGCCUUCCACCCAACCUAUGAGGAAAAACUUCGUCUGGUAGCUCUCCACAAGCAGGUGUUGCUGGGGCCGUAUAACCCAGAUGCUUCCCCUGAGGUGGGCUUCUUUGAUGUGCUGGGAAAUGACCGCAGGAAAGAAUGGGCAUCUUUGGGGAACAUAGAGAAGGACGAGGCCAUGCUGGAGUUUGUAAAGCUGUUGAAUAAAUGUUGCAAUUUAUUCGCACCUUUCAUUGCAUCACAUAAGAUUGAAAAAGAGGAGCAAGAGAGAAAGAGGCAGGAGGAAGAGGAGCAGCGGCGUCGAGAAGAAGAAGAGCGUGAACGACAGCGGCAGGAGGAGGAGAGACGCAGGCGUGAGGAGGAAGAGAGACUGAGGAGAGAAGCGGAGGAAAGAAGACAGCUUGAGGAGGAGCGACUACGUGUAGAGCAGCAAAAGCAGCAGAUUAUGGCUGCUCUGAAUGCGCAGACAGCAAUGCAGUUCCAACAGUAUGCAGCGCAGCAGUACCCCGACAGUCCCGAGCAGCAGCUCAUUCUCAUCCGGCAGCUGCAGGAGCAGCACUAUCAGCAGUACAUGCAGCAGUUGUAUCAGGUCCAGCUCGCACAGCAACAGGCUGCCUUGCAGAAACAGCAGGAGGAUGCUAUAGUGCUGUCUACAUUAGAGGCCAGUGAGGUGUCAGCUUCCCUUGCUGGAGAGGAGACUCCCAUUCUGAACGGCCAGGCAGAGUCCACUACUGACAGCUUCGAGCGAGAACCUGACCUGGAACCUGCUGAUGAGGUCACUGAGAAUGGACCCACUGAUUCUACUCCUGUAAUAGCAGCCCCCUCUAUGUGGACCCGGCCACAGAUAAAAGACUUUAAAGAGAAGAUCCGUCAGGAUGUAGACUCCGUGAUCACAGUGGGCCGGGGGGAAGUGGUGACUGUCCGGGUCCCUACCCACGAGGAAGGUUCCUAUCUCUUCUGGGAGUUUGCCACUGACUAUUACGACAUUGGCUUUGGAGUGUUCUUCGAAUGGACUGACUCUACAAAUGCAUCGGUCAGCGUGCAUGUCAGCGAGUCUAGUGAUGAGGAAGAGGAAGGUGAGGCCCAGUCUGAGGAGGAGAAGGCCAAGAAAGAGUCUGGGAAACCACAGGUGGAUGAGAUAGUGCCUGUGUACAGGCGGGACUGUCAUGAGGAGGUGUACGCUGGGAGUCACCAGUAUCCGGGCCGUGGUAUAUACUUGCUCAAGUUUGACAACUCCUACUCGCUCUGGAGGUCUAAAACCGUCUACUACAGAGUAUACUACACCAGAUAAGCCUGGAGUCAAGACUUUGGGACAGGAAUGUGUGUGUCUAUUUGUGUGUGUGUGUACAUUAGAGUAAGAGGGAAAGAAUGGUUCAAAUGAGGAAUUGUAUGGGAUGUCCACUACUGGUGGGAUGAACUUGAGUGUGUGUGUGUGUGUUUUGAUGUGUCUGACUUAAGGAGGAAUGGGCCAUGUACUUGGCACCUCUAUUUUGCACUCUAAAAGAUGUACUCUAGGGUUUUGUGAUUGUUGUAUUACUGUCAACUACACCCAUUGUGAAUUAACUCGGCCUCCAUUUUCUAUUUUCAUCCAAGAGGUGCGUCAGUACAACAAUAGGAUAGAUUUGUAUGUUCUAAUAAAAAAAAAAAGGUCAGGAAAAGUCUUCGAUAAUGAACAAAGAAGUUUUGGGGUUCUGUUGUCAAACAAUAACAUGCUUUUCUCCUGGAGUACUUCAUCAUUUAGGUGACCACUGUAAAUCAGCCAAUGCUUUCAUCUAUACUAAAGUUUCUCCCCCUUAUCAGCACAAGUGUAUCGGUUUGGGCUGCGCAUCUAAAACAUAGACCAGACUUUUCUAACGACAGAAAGGUGGAGGCCUUUACGAAAGGAGAUUUUGCAGCAUUUUCUGAAACAGAUGGAUUGUGUCUAGAACAUUUAACAAAUAUUUAUUAAUCUCUGUGGUAGAGUAGGGUAAUUUAUAUGUCUGAAUGUCCUAUAGCAUUUAUCUCAUCUCUCAUCUCAAUCACUUCCACAGAGCACCAAAUCUAGUUGCCCAUGUUAUUUCUGUAUUUCCUUUUGGUUUUGCAUUUGUUGUCAAUGCGAGAUUCAGCAGUAUUGACAUUCAUUGUUUUAGUAUUUUCUAGCAGUUCAAAAUAUUCUUGCCUUUUCAGUUUGGUCAUUUCUUUGUUGCGUCUUUACACAUGUAGUUACAGACAUCCAUGUCAGAUCUUUACAUUUAAAAUGUAUAUUGAUUUAAAUUUAUAUUUGUCAUAAAUAUACUUGGUUCUCUUUGACAAAAUAACAAGCAUCUCUCAUUCUCCUUUAUAAUAAUAAUGAAGUGUGUGUUUAUAGCUGAUUGAGACUAAAUAUCAAAAGAAGCAACUAAAUCGCUGAUUACUUUUUUUCUGUUAUUUAUUGGACUGUUCAGUGCUUUGAAGACUAUUACAGUAAAAUUGCUGGGAAUUAAAGACUGUAUUUGUUUUUCACAUAUUCUGCUAAAAAGUGUAUGGCCUCAUCUUCAAAACAUCUGAUCAGUCUCUGGAUUAGUCACUGGCUGUAUUUUUGAGUGGAAUAUGUCCCGUUCAUGAUUGAUUUCAGUUAUGCCAGUGUAAUACAGGUAACUACUAUCCAGUUGUGAUAGAAUCCAUUUUAACAGAUACAGUUACACUGUACUUGCAUGAUAAAGUGGGCUUCCAGUGUAUUUGAGUGAUAAGUCAAAGAGCUGUGAUGAUUCGGUGUUAAUGAAAAAGCUGUCCAAAGACUACAUUAAUGUCACAUGUACAGUUUAUUGGUUACAGAAGUUGAUCGGUUUAUUCUUUCCAUGUAUUUGUUCUUUUUUUACUUUUUGAAAUUAUGGUUUCAGGCCUUUGUAUAGUGAAAUGUAUGAAGGUAUGGCUUUUGUGAAAAAGAUGCCAAACAAUAGGGUAAUUGGUAUUAAAAUUGGGAUGUCUUCCUAUUUAAAUUGGAAACUUCAAUCAUUUACUUACCAUUAAAGCUUGAAGUGUUUUUGUAUUGUAUCGCUUGUGUUAUCUUUACGCAUUGAGGACGAGUGUCCUGAAGCGUAUAUUUGAUUUAUUAAAUUUGCGUUCCUCUUGAUUCUUUUUUGGUAACUUCAUAGUAACUGCAUAUUUGAGAUG